AUGAGAGUCUUCAUCCUGCUUUGCCUGCUGGCGCUAGGCAAUGCCAAACCCUACCAGCCAAUAAACGUGAUGGACUUCAUGAAAAACUAUGACAUCAUGAUGGCUGACUCAGAUGAUGACGACGACGAUGAUGAUGAAGAUGACGAUUAUGACGAAGACGAGAACUGUCCAGCUGGUUGCCAUUGCUCGCCCAGAGUGGUGCAGUGCUCCGACCAGGGUCAGAUUGCUGUUCCUGAGAAGAUUCCUGAAGACAUUGUGAUACUAGACCUCCAAAACAACGAUAUCACUGAGAUCAAGGAGGACGACUUUAAAGGCCUCAACAAGCUUUAUGGCCUGUUUCUGAUCAACAACAAGAUCUCCAAGAUUCACCCCAAGGCAUUCAGAAACAUGGAACGCCUCAGACUGCUGUACCUCUCCUACAACCUGCUGACGGAGAUCCCUGCAAACCUGCCUCCCAAUGUCAUCGAGCUCCGCUUCCAUGAAAACAAGAUAAACAGAAUCCAGAAGGAUGCAUUUAAAGGCCUCAGGAAACUCCAUGUCCUGGAGCUGGGCGCCAACCCUCUGGCCAACAGUGGGAUUGAGCUUGGAGCUUUUAACGGCUUGUCGACCCUGUAUGUCGGCUUAGCAGAGGCCAAGCUAACUGCUGUACCGAAAGACCUCCCAUCCUCCAUGACAGACCUGAGCCUGGACUACAACAAGAUCUCUAAGGUGGAAAUAGAAGAUUUCAUCAGAUAUAAAAACCUGCAGAGACUAGGACUAGGUUUUAACCAGAUCAAGUUUGUAGAAAACGGCAGCUUUGCCAGCAUACCGAACAUCCGUGAGGUCCACCUGGAUAACAACCGUCUGAAAAAGGUCCCACCGGGCCUCAGCUCCCUGCGCUACCUCCAGGUGAUUUUCCUCCAUGGCAACAAAAUCAGCAGUGUGGGAGUCAACGACUUCUGUCCCAUCAGGCCCAGUGACAAGAAGAACCUGUAUACAGGCAUCAGUCUGUUUGCCAAUCCUCUUAAAUACUGGGAUGUCCAGCCGGCCACCUUUCGCUGUGUGACUGGACGGAGGGGCGUUCAGCUUGGAAACUUCAGAAAGUAGAAGAUGGGAGUGAAAAUGUUUCCAGACAGCACAGAAAUGGAGAACUGCCAAUAUCCAAGUUACAGUAUAAGGAAGGAGCUGCAAAUAAUUCUCAUAGAUAAAACAAGAUGAAACUGCAUUCCUGUGUUAGUGUUAGCUGUUCGGGAAAUUAGAGAAAUUUCAUUAUAUUGAUGUAUAUUAGAAACUGUAGUAUAUGUUGUACAAUUUACACAUAAAAGUUCUCAGCCAGGGCGAAAAACAAAAAAAUAAACUACUCCAGUCUGGAUGUUGGUGCUGAAAAUUAACAUUAAAUCAUAAGCUACAACACUAAGAAAAAGUUUUCAGCAGCUAAAGUGAUUAUAAUGAAAUUCAACAUAAGAGCCCUGCCUACCUUUGUGAGGACAUUCUGUAAGGUUACAGUUACCUUUUUGUGCCUCAACGUUUGCUGUGUAAACUUUCCCAGAAAUAAAGCGCCUCCUUCUGGUCACCUUUUAUCAACUCAAUAAGUAAAGUUGAGUAGUUUCACAUCCUGAUGCCUUUUUAACAAAAGAGAACUUUUUUAGUUCCUUUCUUUCUAGUUUAAAAAUAAGACAACUUUUAAUGAGAUGCAGUUUAGUAGAAUACAGUUUACAGUACCUUUGUAACACUUCUAGACAACAAAAUAGACAUUUUCUUACAUAUAUAUAUACACACGUCUUGAAGUAGAAACAAAAUUAUCAGAGAAGAGUCACUAUAGGCCAGAGCUGAAACUCAACAGCAACCUAAAAAACACUUUCAUCCAACAUAUUUUCCUCCCAGCCGAAGUCUGUACAGUCAAUGAAUGAUGCUGGCAUUUUUGGUGCAAUAAGUCACUUUGAAGCGUCAUGUCCGUCUUUAUGUGGAUGUUUUAUAUUAUCUCAAUACAUGUCUGUAUUGUCUUCAUUUAGAAGCUGAAAGCAACAUGUUAGACUGGAUUAUACAUGGUCCUUGAUGUAAACCCCAAAAUGUCAAUUUGUUUUUACAGUAAUCAAGUGAAUCACAGAUAUUAUUGAAAUAAUAAACAGGUAGUAAUUCCCAACAUGAAAUGUCUAAGAGCAUGUUUCCGUUUACUCCAGUGAUUUCUCCUCUGAAAUGGUGCUAUAUUUAUUUUGUAUGUCUUUCAAUAAACCUGGAACACUCCCCCACUCAUGUCUUUACUUUUGUCAAAAUAAAAGUGCGUUUGAGUAGAAAAGUAA